GCACAAGUAAGAAGAACAAGGAGAAGAUAUAAUAAAAAAAAUGUCGGAGACUUUCAAAGUGUGCUUCUGUUGUAGCAGGAGCUUCAAGGAGAAAACGAGGCAGCCACCAGUGAGCAUCAAGAGACUCUUCGAAGCCUACUCAAGAAACGGCAAGAUGUCUUCGGAUGACCUUCUAAGGUUUGUGAGUGAAGUCCAAGGUGAAGGGCACUUAGGGAUGGACUACGUGCAGGAUAUCUUCAACAGCGUUAAACACCACAACGUUUUUCAUAUACAUGGCUUUGUUCAUCUCAACGCCUUCUACCGCUACCUCUUUAGCGAUACAAACUCUCCUCUUCCCUUGACUCGCAAGGUGCAUCAUGAUAUGAAGGCCCCGUUGUCGCAUUACUUUGUGUACACGGGACACAACUCUUACUUGACAGGGAACCAAGUGAACAGCAGAAGCAGCGUUGAGCCGAUCGUGCAGUCUCUGAGAAAAGGUGUAAAAGUUAUCGAGCUUGAUUUAUGGCCUAACCCUUCUGGUAACGCUGCUGAAGUUCGUCAUGGCGGGACGCUUACAACGCAUGAGGAUUUGCAGAAAUGUCUAAACGCCAUAAAGGACAAUGCGUUUCAUGUGUCUGAUUAUCCAGUCAUAGUCACUCUUGAAGAUCAUUUGCCACCAAAUCUUCAAGGGAAAGUUGCAAAGAUGUUAACAAGAACAUUCAGAGGGAUGCUGUAUCGUUCAGGGUCAGAGAGUUGUAAGCAUUUUCCAUCACCAGAAGAACUUAAGAAGAAGAUUCUUAUUUCUACAAAGCCUCCAAAGGAGUAUCUUGAGAGCCAAGCUACUCAGUCCUCACGAAGAACUCCAAUUGAUAUAGCGACUUCCUUGAGCGGACCAUCAAGAAGCGGCAUUACUAGUAGUAUGUCAUGGAGAGGAGAAUACAAGAUUCCUGAAGAUUAUGUUUCAGAAGAAGAAGAGGAGUGUGAAGCUUUUGGAUAUAGAGACUUGAUAGCGAUUCACGCUGGGAACUGCAAAAGCGGUUUGGAAGAUUGCUUGAGAGAAGAUCCAGAGAAGCCUCGAAGGAUAAGCAUGAACGAGCAGUGGCUAGAGAAUUUGGUUAGAACCAGAGGAACCGAUGUUGUAAGGUUUACACAGAGGAAUCUAGUGAGGAUAUAUCCAAAGGGAACAAGAGUGGACUCAUCAAAUUACGAUCCACAUGUUGGAUGGACACACGGUGCUCAAAUGGUUGCUUUUAACAUGCAAGGACAUGGGAAGCAACUAUGGAUAAUGCAAGGAAUGUUCAGAGCUAAUGGUGGAUGUGGCUACGUUAAAAAGCCACGCAUUUUGCUAGACACGCAUAGACUCUUUGACCCAUGCAAAAGCCUUCCCAUAAAGACUACUCUCAAGGUGAAGAUCUUCACAGGUGAAGGAUGGGAUUUGGAUUUCCCUCAGACACAUUUCGACCAGUACUCUCCUCCUGAUUUCUUCGUCAAGAUUGGAAUCGCAGGAGUUCCAAGGGACACCGUCUCUUACAGAACAGAAACAGCGGUUGAUCAGUGGUUUCCUAUAUGGAGGCAAGAGUUCUUGUUUCAGCUCUCUGUACCAGAACUUGCACUUGUGUGGUUCAGAGUCCAAGAUUACGACAAUGACACCCAAAAUGAUUUCGCAGGACAGACAUGUCUUCCUCUGACCGAACUCAAGACCGGAGUUAGAGCCGUCAGGCUUCAUGAUAAGGCUGGAAAGCCUUACAAGAACUCUAGACUUCUUGUCAGCUUCUUCUUUGACCCUCCUUACAUGUCAUAAACUGUUUUUUUUUCUUUCUUAAAUCAAUUUCUUUAAAUAAGCAGCUUACUUGCAUUAAUGUAAUUAUUUUGUCUCUGUAAUGGUUUCCUCUUUCACUAUGUAUUAAGCUAUUCUUCAUAAUAAUAAUUUAAUAAGUAUAAAGAUUCGA